AUGAUCAUUUUCAUGGGUGUCUUCUUCCUCCUUAAUAUUACACUUCUCAUGGCCAAUUUCAUUGAUCCCAGGUGCUUUUGGAGAAUAAAUUUGGAUGAAAUAAAUGAUGAACCUGUGGGAUUAACUUGUACUUUCAUCCUGGCAGCAGUUCAGAAACCCAUUGAUAAUCAUUAUUUCAACAAGACUCUUAAUGUUCUAAAAAUAACUAAAAACCACAAAUAUGCUUUGGCAUUGGUGUUUGCAGUGGAUGAAAUCAACAAAAAUCCUGAUCUUUUACCAAAUAUGUCUUUGAUUAUAAGAUACACUUUGGGCCAUUGUGAUGGAGAAACUGUAAUACCUACACCAUAUUUAUUUAAUAAUAAUAAAAAAAGGCUUAUCCCGAAUUAUUUCUGUAAUGAAGAGAGUAUGUGUUCCUUUCUGCUUUCAGGACCCAAUUGGGAGGUAUCUUUAAGUAUCUGGAAGAACCUCGACAGCUUCUUAUCUCCACGUCUCCUUCAGCUUACCUAUGGACCUUUCCAUUCUAUCUUCAGUGAUGAUGAACAAUAUCCCUAUCUCUAUCAGAUGGCCCCAAAGGACACAUCUCUAGCAUUAGCAAUGGUCUCCUUCAUACUUUACUUUAGCUGGAAUUGGAUUGGCAUUGUCAUCCCAGAUGACGAUCAAGGAAACCAAUUUCUUUUAGAGUUAAAGAAACAGAAUGAAAAGAAGGAAAUUUGCUUUGCCUUUGUGAAAAUGAUCUCUGUUGAUGAUGUUUCAUUUCCACAAAAAACUGAAAUAUACUACAACCAAAUUUUGAUGUCAUCCACAAAUGUUAUUAUCAUUUAUGGAGAAACAUACAAUUUCAUUGAUUUGAUCUUCAGAAUAUUGGAACCUCCCAUUUUACAGAGAAUAUGGAUCACCACAAAACAAUNGAAUUUCCCUACCAGUAAGACAGACAUAAGUCAUGGCACAUUCUAUGGAUCACUUACUUUUCUACCACACCAUGGUGAGAUUUCUGGCUUUAAAAAUUUUGUACAGACAUGGUUGCAUCUCAGAAACACAGACUUAUAUCUAGUAAUGCCAGAGUGGAAAUAUUUUAACUAUGAAGACUUAGCAUCUAACUGUAAAAUACUGAAGAACAAUUCAUCUGAUGCCUCAUUUGAUUGGCUAAUGGAAGAGAAUUUUGACAUGACCUUUAGUGAGGGUAGUCAUAACAUAUACAAUGCUGUGCAUGCCAUAGCCCAUGCCCUCCACGAGAUGAAUCUGCAACAGGCUGAUAAUCAGGCAAUAGACAAUGGAAAAGGAGCCAGUUCUCACUGCUUGAAGGUAAACUCCUUUCUAAGAAGUACCUACUUCACUAAUUCUCUUGGGGACAAAGUGUUUAUGAAGCAAAGAGUAAUAAUGCAGGAUGAAUAUGACAUUAUUCACUUUGGGAACCUCUCACAACACCUUGGGAUGAAGAUAAAGUUAGGAAAGUUCAGCCCAUAUUUACCACAUGGUCGACACAUUAACUUUUACGUAGACAUGAUUGAGUUGGCCACAGGAAGAAGAAAUGUAAGUGUGUGCUAA